GUGACGUCACGCGGAGUGCGCGGUGUUCGGGAGUGUUGGGCGCGGUGCAUUGUGGGAAGGCGGUGACGUGUUCCCCGGUCGGACCCAGGAUGGCUGACGAUAGACAGCACAAGCUGGCGGCGGCCCGGAGGAAGCUAAAGGAAUAUCAGCAGAAGACCACCCCUCCGACAGCCGCAGGCGGCAAGAAGAAGAAAAAGGGAAAAGAAUCCAACAGCCAUCCUGAUACCCCAAAUCGCCUCUCUCCAGAUCCAAUUGAGGCCAUUUUGAAGGGGCUGGUAUCAGAUCUUCAUAGAACCAAUGGGGUAUCCAUCCCCACACUGGACGAUAGGAAGGUGAUCUUGGAGCAAGAUGUUGCUCAUGACGUUGAAAUCCUAUCAGAGGAUGUCUACGAUAAUACUAAAACCCCAACCGAAACUGACUUUGAUAACCCACUGGCUGAGAAUGACUUGGAUGGUAAAAAGGUGACAUCAGAUGGAAAUAGGUUUGUCUCAUCAACGGACAGUCUAAGACAGCUUUCUGAACAACUGAAUGGACUGGUGUCACAAAAUAAUUCCUACAUGAAUGGGGAAAAUGUCUCAUCAAGUCCAGAGUUAGAGUCUCGUUUCCAGGAUUUGUCUGCUGCCUUGGACUCCAGUAAUUUAACAAACAAACAGCUCAGUGCAAAGAUAGAGGAACUGAAACUACAGAACCAAGAUGUUAUGGAGAAGCUGGACAAGGAAAGAAAGGUGUUUGAUCAGAGGUUUUCUAAGGAGCAAAGUGCCCUUCGAGAACAGCUGCAGGUUCACAUCCAGACAAUUGGAAUUUUGGUAUCUGAAAAGUCUGAGUUGCAGACUGCCCUGUCGUUUACACAGCAGGCAGCACGUCAGAAAGGAGCGGAGGUGGAGGAUCUUGUCAUGCGGUUACAGUCCACCCGACAGAGAGUAACAGAGCUGGAACGUACACUGUCCUCCCUCUCUGCUCAGCAGAAGCAGCUAGAAAAGCUUAAUAAAGAACUGGAGAAAGACCGUGACAACCUGCGACUGGAAUCAUUAAAGAACAGUAAGUGCAGCGAAGAGCUGAAGCAGCAGAAUUCUGAAUUGUCAGAGAAACUGAAUGCACUGCUCUCUGAGAAUGCUGCCAUGAAGCUGGAGCUGGGGGAUCUGCGCAAGAAGCUUGAAAUGGCAGAACUUAUGAUUCAGCAGUUUUCUAAUCAGACGGGGACGCCAGAUGCGAAUCAGCAGCUUCUGAUGGUCCUGGAAGAGAGAGAUCAACUGGGUACCCAGCUAGCACAGAUGUCAAAUUCUCUUCAACAACUGACGGCAGAAAGAGACCAGUAUGUGGGGAAACUGAAGGAAGAGGGUGCUAUCUGGCAAGAAAGAGUCCGUCAGCUGUCUGAUCAAAUACAAACCCUCAGCCAAGAGAAGGAUAGUGCACGUGUCCAAGUUGAGCAGUUGGAGACCCGAGUGACAGAGCUACUACUUGCAUCAGCAGCGGAAUCUGCCGACACAGAGCCCCCUGCACAGCAGGGCCCUUCUGAGGAGGAGCAGGCUCUUCAGAGAGAGGUGGAGAAGCUACAACAAGAAUUUCAAGAGCUGCAGUCCAGGUAUCGGGCCCUGGUGCAGGACAACAGCCAGCUGAGUCGCCUCAACCAGGAGCAGGAGGAGCGCCUGCUGGAGCUGGAGAAGUCAGUACAACGGCAGAGCGAGGACAAUGUGGAUAAACAGCAGAUACUGGAAAACAUGCAGAGUGACAAAGCCACCAUCAGCCGGGCGCUGACCCAGAACAGGCAGCUGAAAGAACAACUGGCUGAGUUCCAGAAUGGAUUUGUUAAACUGACAAAUGAAAACCUUGAACUCACAAAUGGACUACAGAGCGAGCAGCAUGUGAAGAAAGAACUGGCCAAAAGGCUGGGACAAUUGCAAGAAAGCCUGGGUGAUUUUAAAGAGCAGCUUGCCAUAAAGGAUCAAGAAGUUCAGCUACUGACGGCACAGCGAGAUGAAAUUUCCGCCCAUCUUCAGCAAUAUGUAGCAGCCUACCAGCAAGUAUCCAUAGAGAGAGAAGAAAUCCAAAGACAAUAUCUGUUGCAGGCUCAGCUCAUGGACAGGUUACAGCACGAUGAGGUGCAGGGAAAAGUCAGUGUGGAAAUGCACCUCAAGGAGCUACAGCAGAGUAGAGAAAGUCUGGAACUUCUCACCAAAGAAAACCAGGAACUCAGAGCUCAAGUACUGCAGAUCCGCAGCGACCCAGACAGCAGAGUUCUGAGCAGGAUGGAAGGAGAUGGUGUGGAAAGUAUAGUGUAUGAAGAUGAAAUCCCUAAGACAUCACUGGCUGUUCCCGAAGAUUUUGAGACUCGAGAAGAAAUGAUGACAUUCCUUUCCUCUGCUAUCUCCAAGUUACAUGGGGAGCGGGAUGAGGUAGAGAGGCAGCUCAUGGAGCAGAAGAGAACCUGUAAGCAGCUUCUGCAGGAGAUAUCUGAACUCCGACAGCAGCAGCAGCUUUCUCCUCCCCUCCAUCACUCUGCAGAACUCGGUGUAGAGACUGUCCCCCGAGAGGUGUAUGAUGCUCUACAGAGUGCUAUGGAGAAGUUACAGUUUCGGUUCACAAGCCUGAUGCAGGAGAGGGUGGAGCUCAAGGAACGGGUGGAAGAGUUGGAGCAUCGCUGUAUCCAGCUGUCGGGGGAGACGGACACGAUUGGGGAGUACAUUGCACUUUAUCAGAGUCAGAGAGCCAUCUUAAAACAACGUCACACAGAGAAGGAAGACUACAUCAGCCGACUGGCUCAGGACAAAGAGGAGAUGAAGGCCAAGUUGCUGGAGCUGCAGGUUUUGGUCAUGAGGUUGGUAGGAGAAAGGAACGACUGGUAUAAGAAGUAUGCGGAAGCUGCGAAAGGUUUUAAGGACACGGGGGAUACAGCGCUUAUUUCUGAUAAACCAAUGGAGCUGGGUGCAGCGGAUGGGGAAGUGCUGGAGGAAGUUAGCUUGAUGGAGGACUCUGAACAGGAGAAGGCUCAGAUCUCAUCUCGCCUCUCUGCGACACAAGAAGGAUCAAGUACCACCCCCAGUUCCACUGACCCCACGGCAAAGCAGAUCAUGCAACUCCUUCGCGAGAUCCAGAACCCACAGGAACGCAGCAAUUCUCUUCUUCGCAACCCCUGCAUCCCCUUCUUCUACCGUGUGGAUGAGAACGAUGAGGUCCGCAUUAUGGUGGUCUGAGAUCACAGUCCCUCUUAUCCAAACCACCACUUCUUCCAUGCCGCCUCCUCUCUGAACUGUGACUCAUGAUCUCCGUCUGCACGGGAGUAGUGGUCACCAAGGGGUGGUUGGGAUGGGCUGAAGAACCGUGGGUACUACAACUUCUGGGGAUGAUCAAGAACUGGGACUGCCUUCCCUCACCUUAGCAUUGAUUUCUGGGAGGGUGUGAAUCUUCCUUCCAAAACAUGAUGAAAACGGUGACUUUUCAGUAUCCACAAUGAUUUGCCCCAAUAUAUCUACUCCAAGGGGCUGUAGUUCUGUUUACACAGGCUGGCAGCAGAAGGAUAUUGGCAAUAUUCUUUGUUAAUGUGCACUGCUUGCUUAACCUGUAGCUCCUUGCGUCAGAUAAUAGUCUACGCCAUCGAAAUUCUAGCUUCAUUUUUAAACAGCCCAGCACUAAUUUAUUUGUAUUAUUAUUUUUUCUUUUACUACAAGAAGGCUGCAAGAUCUCCCUGCUACAAAGAGGCAGGGGAAGGUAGAGGUUAUCAAAGAAGGUGUUCGAAGAAGUGAGCAGACAAAUUGGAGGUAUUA